CAGAUUAGGAGAUCCGCACACACAGUCACACACUAACGAUUUCAGCGAAAUGUCGACACUUUCCCCCUCAUUCCUCUGCACAAACCCGUUUUCCAAAAUUCUCCCUUUCUCUGGAACUCUACAUAUAAUGUCGACAUCCCAACUCCAUCCUCCUAAAUUCCCAAAUUUUGCACCAACUUUCUUCUCUCUCACCGUCUUCUUCUGCAACGGAGUCUCCCAAUCUGGGCCUGAUUGUAUUAAUUCUCUGCUUUCAUAUCAUAUUAAAUGAUCCCCCUUUUUUCAAUUGGGUCCUCCUCCCCAUCUCAUCAUGUCAUCAUCUUGUUUUCUUUUUUGAAACUUUGAUUUCAUCAUCAUCGAAGUUUCAGUGGAGGUAUAAAAAGGGUCGAUUUUAGUGGGUUUUUGAGAUUCGGGUUGGUUUGUUUUAGUUUUCUCGAAUUGCGAAAAUCUUCUUUGUCUCGGUAUUAGCGGACUACUGUUUUAUCCAUGUCAUUCUUCGAGGAUAUAUUGCCAAUGCUUGAGUUAACGGGAAUUGCAAACAAGACUCGCCUUUCUGCAGGUAAUUCAAAAGUACCUUUCUUUUCUGUGAUUUUGUAUUUCAAAAGCAGAGUGAAAAAGAGUAGGAGGGGGUCGGGUUGUUUUGGCGGGUGAUUGCGUCAUAUGUGAGUUAAGCAAACUUCUGUUUGGAUGCUGUUUUUGUAUUUAUUUUCCUCCCUGUAUGUGGUGUAAUGCUGUUUUCUUUCACUCAAAAUUCGAUCAUGAUUUUGUGAAUAGAAAAUCCAUUAGGCCUAGAAAAGUUCAUCUGCAGACUUGAAAAAAAGUUCCUUCUUGGUUCUGAUGUUUUCAUUUGGAGUUGACUUUUGCCCAUCAUGAGUCUCCAUUUUUGGAUAUUAACUGCCUUAACACAGUUAUAAGGAAUAGCACUGAAAUGGGAUGCAUUUGAAGGAAAUCUUCUUUAUAGUUGCACUUCUCCCCUGUCACAAUUAUAGUAUUGUCAUAAUGAGGGAAAGACGAUGCCUUGUCAUACAAUGCAUCCAUUUGACUCUCCCCAUAAAUCCAAAUAUACUUGUUUGAGAUCAUUUAGGAAAAGGAGAUUAGCUGUACCUUGGUUUGCAGACUUCUGCAAUUUUGUCAUCCCUAAAUAAUCAUAGCAGAAUUGUGGAGUAGCUUUUCCUGUUUUGUCAUUUACUGAAUGUCAAUUGUUCACGAAGCCAUCUUUUUAUUAAUUUUUCUUUUUGGGAUUGGAAAAAUGCUUUAGCUGGUAAUCUUUAAUGUUUUAACCUUUCUCGCUUUUGGGGCUGAAACGAAAAAUAGGCUCUUUUCUCCAGGGCCUGACUCAAUCAAUGUCGAAUGUCCCUUGUGGCGGGGAUACUGAUUUGGAGAGCUGCCGAGAUGAGAGCGCUGCGCUGAUUCUUAAAAUUGUAGCUAUCGCAUCAAUCCUUGUUGCUGGUGUAUGUGGGGUUGCUAUUCCUUUGGUGGGCAAGAAGCGCAGGUUUCUCGGAACAGAUACCAAUCUUUUUGUUGCUGCCAAGGCUUUUGCUGGUGGUGUAAUUCUAGCUACUGGUUUUGUACACAUGCUACCAGAUGCAACAGCAUCCUUGACAGAUCCGUGUCUGCCUGAAAUUCCGUGGUCAAAGUUUCCGUUUUCCGGUUUCAUUGCCAUGAUGUCUGCAUUGUGUACACUGUUGAUUGAGUUCAUUGGGACUCAGUAUUAUGAGCGUAAACAGGAGAAACAGAGCCAAAUCGAUCCAUCUCACUUGCUUGAGUCUGGUGGAAUUGUUCCAGCUGAUAGUAAGGGUUCAUCAAGGAAGGUAUUUGGGGAAGAGGAAGAUGGUGCUAUUCAUAUCGUGGGGAUGCAUGCACAUGCAGCACAUCAUAGGCAUAACCACCCUCAGGAGGGAGGAGCAUGCGCUGGAGGUUUGAGUGGGCAUGACCAUGGUCAUUCUCAGUCACAUCCACAUCUACAUUCACAUGGAGUUAGUGAUCUGGAUGACGAAAGUGGAAAGAGGCAUGUUGUUGUUUCCCAGGUUUUGGAAUUAGGGAUAGUGUCGCACUCGGUAAUCAUAGGACUUUCGCUGGGAGUAUCUCAAAGUCCAUGCACCAUAAGACCCUUGAUUGGAGCAUUAUCAUUCCAUCAGUUCUUUGAGGGAUUUGCUCUUGGGGGCUGCAUAUCUCAAGCUCAGUUCAAGACUCUCCAUUCAACCUUAAUGGCAUGUUUUUUUGCCGUGACAACCCCACUGGGAAUCGCAGUAGGUACCGGUAUCUCUAAGAUCUACAAUGCUAACAGUCCAAGAGCAGUGGCCAUCGAAGGCAUCUUCGAUUCCAUUUCGGCCGGAAUUCUAGUGUACAUGGCUUUGGUUGAUCUAAUUGCUGCUGACUUUUUGAGCAAGAGAAUGAGCUGCAAUACCAGACUUCAAGUGGUCUCUUAUAUUGCACUCUUCCUAGGGGCAGGGUUGAUGUCCUUGCUUGCCCUGUGGGCUUGAUCAUAUUAGGUGCCUUUUGGUUGAAAUUGUAAAUUUUGCUCGCUAUCACGUAUUAAUUUCAUUUUUGUUUUUUUAGAAAGUCCCAAUAAUAGUUUUGUUUUGAUGAAUGAAUUAGAUUUUUAUACAGUAGGUUAAUGCAUUUACAUAUUUUUCAAUUAAUGAAUUAGUUUGCUUUUCUGCAAACUCUGCUGUAAAAAGAAGAUUAAUGAAUGAAUGAUCAUUACUUUUGGGUUAUCAUGUUAAAACAACUUGGGUUCAAAUAGAUAAGGAUUAACAUUGUACAAUGAUUGUUAUCGCUUAUCAUAUUACACAAUUUGGGUUCAAAGUUUGACACCAAACUUUUCAGAUAAACUCUUAGAUUUAUUCUUAAAUAGGGGUAUUAAGGAACAAUGUUGUUAUCCUUUCAGUAUAUGGA